AUGGCAACACAAGCGCCUUCUAUUAGGCGAGCCAAGGAUGGCGCGCAGCACUCAUUGCCCUCCGCCCCCACCGACGGCGCCGCCGCUGCUACGACCAAGGUGCCGAUGACGAGACAACGCCACUCCAACACCCGCGGUUGGGGGUGGCGGCGGUGUCCGGUUUUCUCAACCACAACCACCAUCAGGGCGUUGCGCCUCGCUGUUGCCCUCCUCGCCCUCGCGGGGAGAUUGGUACCGGCUCAGGGCGCAGGUGGUGACCUCGGGCCCAGGAGCGAGUGGCAACACCCCCGCUCCCGAGGUCGUCGGGGAAACAAAGCGGGGGGGGAUGGUAGCGGGCGUGGGCGGAGGGAGGCGAGGAGAGGGUACGCGGGAGCCUUCCCCUGCCGAGAGCGGAGCGAGCGAGAAGGAGCGGUGGCGUCAGAGGGGGAGGCGGGAGGCGGUUGGUCGAGGAGGAGGAAGGGGUCGGAGUCCAUGCGAGAGAUCGUCGAGUUGGCCAAAGCCGACGCCAGGGCCGUACGGGCGGCGGGCCAGAGGCAGAACGAGGACGCGGCGGCGGCGACGGCGGCGGAGGCCGAGGCGGCCUGGGCGGCUGCCGGGGUGGGUAGCGGCGGCAGCGUCGGUGACAACGCCAUGCUGUUCCUCGAGUGCGAGGUGAACGGGAGGGUGCUCCGCGCAUUCGUGGAUACCGGCGCUCAGGUCACCGUGAUGUCAGCGGCAUGCGCCGAGCGGUGCGGGCUCGCGUCGCGAAUCGACAAGAGUUACGCCGGCCGGGCUGUGGGCGUCGGGUUCGCGAGGAUACUGGGACGAAUCCACGACGCCAGCAUUCGGAUCGGCAAUUCGUGCCUGAGGUGCUCCUUGACCGUGAUCGAGCACGGCGAGAUCGACCUCCUCGUCGGCCUGGACGUCUUGCGCGCCCACCGCUGUGAAAUCAGCCUCUCCAAGAACAGAAUGAAGUUUCACGCCGGAGACGGCCCGGCGAAAGAGGUGGCUUUCCUGACUAGAAUCGAGAGGGAAGGGGGCAGAUGCCAGCGGCGGCGGCACAGACCGCGGCGGCGUUCCUCGGGUGUGGGCAGGGGCGCGGACCGCUACGGGUAUGCCGACGACAAUGACGGCUGCAGCUAUUCGAGCGAAGAAGGAGCAAGCCGAUCGUACGGGGCCCCCGGUGCUCCGCCCCCUCCACGAGUGCUCCGAGAGAUGGCCAGAGGAACACGCGGAGACGGGACUCCAUCUGGGAUGGAAAAGCGACCCAGCCAACACAGCAGUUCCAUGGAAGACAGCGACGACGGCGGCGGUGGCGGCGAUGGGAUAGGAGGCCCUUCCCAGUCCGUCUGGCCGAAAAAACGAAUGAGGGGUUGGCCCCCCCGGGGAGGUGAAGAAGAGCUCGAGACAGCCGAGAACCACCGCGAGGAGAGGGAGGGGCGGCACGAGGGAAAGGCUGACUCGCGGCGGCCGGGGCGGCGGGGGCGGCGGUGGCACCAAAGCAGCGGCCUUGAAGGCGGGCACACAUACUGA